AUGGUGACAUUCAAAUGGGUCACAACAGCGGCGGUGGCAUCGCUAUGUAUUAGCAUACAAGUGCUCGCAGCAGCCGUUGGAGGCAGCCAGCUCACGAUCCUGGACCCUGGGAGACGAGAUGCGCUUCAGGAUCUGGUCACCUGGGACGCUUACUCCCUCUUUGUGCGUGGCGAGCGCAUCAUGUUCUAUUCUGGAGAGUUCCACCCAUUCCGGCUCCCGGUUCCGGGGCUGUGGCUGGACGUCUUCCAGAAGAUCAAGGCCCUCGGCUACACGGGCGUUUCCUUCUACGUUGACUGGCGCCUGCUCGAGGGUACACAGGGCGACUUCACCGCCGAGGGCGUCUUUGCGUUUGAGCCGUUCUUCGAGGCCGCUGCCGAGGCUGGCCUGUACCUUCUCGCCCGGCCAGGGCCGUAUAUCAACGCCGAGGUCAGCGGGGGCGGGUUUCCAGGCUGGCUGCAGCGACAGCCUGCCAUCCUGCGGACCAACGAGAGCGGGUAUGUCGACGCGACCAAGAACUAUGUGGCGAAUAUCGGCAAGAUUAUUGCCGAUGCUGAGAUCACCAAUGGAGGUCCCGUGAUUGCCAUGCAGUACGAGAAUGAGUACACGUACGGCGCAUCCUGGAUCGAGUGGCCGGAUGUCGAGUACAUGACGGAGGUGGUCGAGCUGUUCCGCGAUGCAGGAGUGACGGUGCCUUUUGUCAACAACGAGGCGAGCCCCAUUGGCUUGUUCACGCCUGGUGAGCCUGGUGGGCCGGAUGUUUAUGGAUUUGACAGCUAUCCCAUCGGCUGGACAUGCAGCGAACCUGAGGUAUGGACUGCUGGUGCCCUUCCAACUGACUUUCGAGAAUUGCACCUCGAGCAAAGCCCAUCGACAUUUCUAGCUCUGCCUGAGUCACAGGGGGGUGCUAUUGCUUACUGGGGUGGUUCUUGGGAUCUCGACCAGUGUGCUGCUUUCAUAGGCCCAGAGGCCGAGAGAGUGUUUUACAAGAACUUCCUCAGCUUCGGCAUGGGUAUGUUCAACCUCUACAUGACAUAUGGAGGAACCAACUGGGGCAACCUAGGACAACCAGGUGCCUACACAUCCUACGACUACGGAGCAGUAAUCAAAGAGGACCGCACAAUCAUCCGUGAGAAGUAUCCAGAAGCAAAACUGAUCGCUCAAUUCGUCAAGGCCUCGACGGCUUACCUGACAGCCACGUCUGGAAACCUGACCAACACCUCGUACGUCAGCACGCCCGACAUCUCAACCACGCCCCUCUUUGGCAACGUGACCAACUUCUACGUGACUCGGCACUCUGACUACACCUCCCUCGACACGACUGCGUACACCCUCACCGUCCCCACCAGUGCUGGCAACGUGACCAUUCCGCAGCUUGGAGGAACGUUGACUCUCGAUGGGCGCGACUCAAAGAUCCAAGUUACAGACUACGACGUCAGUGGCUAUAACCUGGUUUAUUCGUCCUCAGACAUCUAUACCCACGGCACCAGCGGCGAGAAGGCUGUCCUGUUGCUGUAUGGAACAGCUGGUGAGACACACGAGCUCGCCUUCUCCUCGAAGCUGGGCAAACCUACAGUCGAGGGCGACAGCUCUACGGUCAAGAUCGAGACGGUGGGAUCCACAGUUGCCGUGCAGUGGGAGGUCACAGAAGAGAGAAAGGUGCUGCACUAUGGAAGCAAUCUCGACGUGUAUCUGCUGUGGAGGAACGAUGCCUUCAACUACUGGGUGCUGGAACUCGAGGCGGCGUCUCCCAUCGCCAACUACACCUCGCAGACCAAGGACACCGUCAUUGCGAACGGCGGAUACCUGCUCCGCACGGCUGCCAAGGUGGGCACAUCGCUGUACCUCACUGGCGACCUGAACGAGACCACAACGCUUGAGAUUGUCGCGGGCGUCCCCGGCUCCAACAACAUCUACUUCAACGGCGCCAAAGUAUCCGGCGUCAAGUCUGCAAACGGCCGCCUCUCUGCAACGCUGACAUACACCCCACCAACCAUCGACGUGCCUGACCUCUCGUCGCUGGACUGGACAUACAUCGACUCCCUCCCCGAGAUCCAGUCCUCGUACGACGACUCGGCGUGGACCAGCGCCAACCACAACCACACCACCGACGACGCCCGCGACGACUGGGGCACCGUCUUCCAGCUCCAGACGCCCACCUCGCUCGUGGCUGGGGACUACGGCUACCACACCGGCUCGCUCAUCUACCGCGGGCACUUCACCGCCCAGGGCAACGAGUCCUCUCUCUACGUCGAGACCCAAGGCGGCUCUGGCUUCGGGCACUCCGUGUGGGUCAAUGCUACGUAUCUCGGCUCCUUCAACGGCGCUGGUGUGCCGGCUGGGGUCAACCAGACCCUGACGAUCCCUUCCGGUGCGCUGGCGAGGGGUGAGACGUAUGUCAUCACCAUCCUCAUCGACCACAUGGGCGAGGAGACGAACUGGACGCCAGGGUACGACCUGAUGAAGACGCCCCGCGGGAUCCUGAACUACGCACUCGCUGGACACCCGCAGAGCGACAUCGCGUGGAAGGUGACGGGGAACUUGGGCGGGGAGCACUAUGCCGACCAGACGCGUGGGCCGAUGAACGAGGGCGGCUUGUUUGCAGAGAGGCAAGGGUAUCAUCUCCCCUCGCCGCCGAGCCAGGGCUGGGCGAGUAAGAAUCCUGUUGCUGAUGGGGUGGAAGGCGGCGCUGGGGUUGGCUUGUUUGCGACGAGCUUUGACCUGGAUGUUCCCAAGGGGUGGGAUGUGCCUAUGAACUUUGUAUUUGCCAACUCGACUGGUGGGGAUGAUGGUCCGGCGGACUAUAGGGUGCAGUUGUUUGUCAACGGGUAUCAGUUUGGGAAGUACAUCAACAAUCUGGGCCCGCAGACAAGCUUUCCAGUGCCUCAAGGUAUCCUGAACUAUGCUGGCACCAACUACAUUGCCCUGACGCUCUGGUCUCAGGAAGCUGAUGGGGUCAAGCUCGGUGGUCUGCAGUUGGUGCCAGAUGCGGUGAUCCAGUCGGGUAUUCAGGACCCUGGGCUGAGUCCCAUGCCUGCUUGGACCAAGAGGGCUGGGGCGUAUUGA